ACAAACAUCCAAAAUGGAUGCCAGAUCGACAGACAGACACACAGUAACUUUCGACCUCGAUAACUCCUCAGUACCGAAGCAUUCAGAGAAACAAAAGGAGGAAAAGGGAAGGCACACGUCUAGUGCAUCUACCAGGGUUGAAAAACUGUGCAAGCUUUUUGCAGUUUUUUUGGUCGUUCUUGCUUUUGUUGUUCACCUCAUUCGUGUUCUGAGCUAUGGUUCAGACACUUGUACUUUAAUGUUUGGGUCAGGGUGGUGGCGGGAUGACAUGUGGCAGCCGUAUGGUUGUAUGAUGCAUAAAUAUAUACCAAGUGAAAUACGAACUUGUCUACAAAACCAGCCAGUUGCAUUUGUUGGAGAUUCAAGAAAUCGUGGAUUAUAUUAUGAAUUAUUGAAAACGUUAAACCCUUCUUACAUGACAGAGGGACAAAAGCAUAGUGAUAUGCAGUACAAGGAAGGAAAUAUUACUAUUUCAUAUUUCUGGAAACCAGAAGUAAACAAAUCAGUGGAAAAACUAUUUGAAAAUUGGAUCAAGUCUACCAAGGGAAGGCCACAGCUUAUAAUAACUGGAAUGAGUGUAUGGACAAUAAGAGGCCAGGGGAUUGAGCAAGCUUCAACGUACAAAAGGAAUUUAACCAAGCUAAAAGACUACAUAGAGGUUUUGUCCAAGAUCAACUACAAACCUGAAGCAAAAAUACCAGGGCCAACCCUGAAGCCACCCUUCCCAGAAUCACCYGUGGUAGUAUGGGUAAAGCAAGCACCAGUUGUACAGUCUCUUCUCAAAGGAUCAAGAAAAUCAAUCACAAACCCUAAAGUGGAUCUCUUCAACAAAAUUGCAGAAGAUGUUUUUGAUAAUUCCUCUGUGCGAAUACUUCAUGCUGCAGCUCAGGUGGCCAAAGAUCGUCCUGAAGACAGUUCAGAUGGUGUUCAUUAUGGAGGUGUGAUUUCAUCUGUGCAGUAUAAUGCUAUUGCUGUGUUUGUAACAUGCAUAGUUCUGUUUCUCAUGAUGUUCAUUUGUCGCUGGGUGUACCCUUCAGAGCAUGAUGGGUCUGCAGGUGUGGAACCAACUACACCAGGCGGUCAUGCAAGCUCGUCACUUCGCUGGAUAUACUCAGAUCAGAUGUAUUUUGUCAUGAAGAAUGUGGCCAUACUUGGGGUWAUCAUGUUCUACUUCUAUAUAUGUGAUAGGACUAAUCUCUUCUUCAAGGAACAAAAACAAUACAGCAACUUAGUGUUUGGGAUUAGCAUGUUGGCAUUUCUAGCCCUUGGGGCCUACACAUGGGUACCUGCAGAACAGAUUACUGUUAUCAAUCGAGAUCAGAGUGAUGAGUGGAGAGGAUGGAUGCAGCUUGUUAUACUACUGUAUCACUAUACCGGCGCCAGUAAGAAACUUCCAAUCUACGUGUUUAUACGACUGUUAGUAGCCUCAUAUCUCUUCAUGUCUGGCUAUGGUCACUUUACGUUCUUCUGGAAAAAAGCAGAUUAUAGCCUCUAUAGGUUUUGUCAGGUAAUGACUCGAAUGAACCUGUUCGUAACAUCUCUGUGUCUGGUUAUGGGACGUCCUUAUCAAUUCUACUACUUCGUACCUCUCGUUUCCUUCUGGUUUGUUGUUAUGURCCUUACGAUGGCUGUGUUGCCUAGAGUUACGGCUGCUUCAGUCAGAGAUGAUCCAAAACAGUACAUAUUCAUAUGGCUGAAGUUUUUCAUUCUCUUUGGUGUUAUCUAUAUCAUCUGGUCUUCUCCUGUGCUGUGUGAUUGGCUCUUCUCACAGUGGGCCAUAAAAGAACUCUUUAUUGAUAGUAAUGAACGAGUYAGAGAAUGGAGAUUUAGGUCAUGGCUCGAUCGAUAUAUCGUCUUGUAUGGGAUGGUUUUCGCGUUCGCAUAUAAUACUGCAAARCAAUUAAACGUAAUAGACGACACAAAAAGAAAGAGAUUUUUCAGUCUUACGCACACUAACGUCACUUUAUUCAUGUCUGCGUUGGCUCUGGUGGUUUAUGGAAUUCAAGCUUUCACAUGUAGCAACAAGCCAUCGUGUAACGCAACUCACUCAGUUGCAUCGUGCAUACCGAUWACUGCAUAUCUUCUGUUAAGAAACCUUCCUACCUUCCUUCGUACAAAAUUUAGUCGUUUCUUUGCCUGGGUAGGAACGAURUCUUUAGAGCUAUUYAUUGGUCAGUACCACAUUUGGCUGGCCCAAGACACCAAAGGAAUCCUGGUCCUAAUUCCUGGUCAACCACUGCUGAACAUCAUCGUCACUACUUUCAUUUUUGUUUGUAUUUGUCAUGAGGUACACAAAGUAUCAGCUGAGCUUACCAAAGCAAUGAUUUCCAAAGACAUCACGACUUUGUUAAGAAGGCUUUUCAUUUUCAUCAUUGCCCUUAUUAUUAUCUGGUGGCACAAAACUCAUCAUACGAUGAGACCAAGAUUAUAUUGAAGGGCUGGGAUAGGCUUUAGGCUGCGUUCAUAAUGUAUGGUAGAGGGAGGGGGCAGGUGAAAUCUUUA